GAAAUCCCGUACAAACCGGCACAGCAACAGUGACAGUGUUUGUCAAAGACGUCAAUGACCACACCCCUACCUUUGAGAGUAGUGGGCCUUACCUGGCCCACGUCAUGGAGAACAGACCGGAAGGGACAGAACUCCUGACAGUGAUGGCUACAGACUUGGACGAGGGCGCCAACUCUCAGAUUGUAUACAGCCUAGUGGACAGCCUGAGCAGCCACUUCACAAUAUUACCCAACAGUGGCCGCAUUCUGACCACCACAUCCUUGGACCGGGAACUGGAACCUCAAUACAUCCUGACCGUGGUCGCCACAGAUCAGGGCAUCCCUCCCAGAUCAUCAUCUGUUCAAGUAAACGUGAUUGUAGACGACGACAACGACCAUGCGCCGGAGUUUGGGGCAACUAGUUACACAGUCACCAUGUAUGACUCUUCAAGUAUAGGAGACUUUGUGAUAGGGGUCACAGCUGUGGACCUGGAUAUUGGAAACAAUGGCAAAGUUGCUUAUUCCCUGGAAGGUCCUGACAAAUCCUACUUCAACAUCAGUACUGACAUGGGUGUGGUGACCAGUGCCAAGCCACUUGGACAGGACAAGAGGAAACUGAACUUUGUGGUGCGGGCGUCAGAUCUGGGCAAAGUCCCUCUAAACAGCACAGCAUCAGUUGUAGUGAAUUUCUCCAUCACAUCCUCCACAAGCCGACCAAAAUUCAAUGACUUUGAUGAGAACAUCAAGAUAAAGGAAAAUACAAAGAUCGGUCAACUUGUGACAACUGUUCAAGCCAGCAGUAGUGCCAGUUCACGAGUCACUUACCACAUCGCUGGGGGCAACGUCAACAACGCAUUUACCGUCAGCUCUGACACCGGCGCCAUUACUGUUACUGGCAGGAUUGACUAUGAA